GCACGUGGCGCAGGUGGCCGAACUUGGACGGCGAGUAAGCUCGAGGGGUCAGAAGGAGCCUCUUUGCGACCCGUUGAUGUUGCUCCGUGGCCUGGCUGCGUGUGAUCCCUGUGACCAGCCUGUGAUGAUGAUAUUUGGGGCUGGUGAGACCUACACUUUGGACGGCAAUCGUGCGACUGAAGAUGCGACAUCUUGGCGCUGGCAUCCCGAAUUGCAUUCUCGCGAAGCUUCCCUUACGAAGAAGUAUGGAUUUUUUGGCCGCCUUUCGCAGCGGAGCCCUGGUGGAGAGCCUGUGGCGAUAUGGCGAUUGGGUGCUGCCGAUUUGGAUGGGUACCUUGUGUGUGCAUUUUGGUGCGUUCUCCGGUAUCCGUGCUGUAGUCAUGCAUAA